AGGAAGCAAUGGAGGAAGUGCUUAAUAAUGGUAAAGAGAACUUCUGAAUUCAACUGAAAAACAUUAUCAACAACACCUGCAGCUUAUUAAGGAGGGAACAAAUGUUGCAGUGCCAUGAAUACAACAGAGCUUCAGAUUACCCGUGCCCUUUCAAGUUUGAAAUCCUUGGUAUCUUCAGCAUCCUAUAACACAGCAUUUAACAAUGGAAGCAGCAAUAUCACACAAAAACCAAAGGAUCUUGAGUGUAAUUUGGAUGAAGAAAGCACACGCAUCACUUUGGUUACAGUCUACUCUUUCAUCUUUAUCUUUGGACUACUUGGAAAUGUGCUUGCUUUGUACGUUUUUCUUUGUGUUCAUUCAAAAAAAAGCUCAGUCCAUGUUUUCCUUAUUAAUACUUCUGUUGCAGACCUAAUUUUAAUCUUUUGCUUGCCUUUCCGGAUAUACUACCACAUCAGCCAUAACAAGUGGAUGCUGGGACAGACUCUUUGCAAGGUAGUGGGAAAUGUGUUUUAUAUGAAUAUGUAUGUUAGCAUAUUCCUCUUGGCAUUCAUUAGUAUAGAUCGCUACUUCAAAGUUCAUCACUCUACUCAUCAGCAUAAGCUACUGAACAUAAAAUUCAGUUAUCUUAUAUGCUGCAUUACAUGGAUGUUGUCCAUAGCAUUAGUUAUUCCAUUCAUAAUCAAGCCAGAAGGGAAUGAGUCAAACCAAAAGUGCUUCCAUUACAAAGACAAACAACAAGCUGUUUGGAAAGCUAUUAUUAAUAUAAUCAUUGUGGCAUUUUUCUGGCUGCUAUUCUUGUUCCUUGUGACAUCAUAUGUGAAAAUUGCAAGGACACUUAUACAUCUUUCCAGAGAAAAAUCAACUUUUCCAAAUGCCUCCAAGUACAGGAAAACUGCAAAGAAGUCAUUUAUUGUACUCUUCAUUUUCACUUUAUGCUUUGUGCCAUAUCAUCUGUUCAGGUGUUUUUACAUUCACUCCCAGAUAAGCAGCAGCAAAUGUGACUGGAAAAAAAUAAUGGACAAAACAAAUGAGAUAGUCUUGCUCCUCUCUGCUCUAAACAGCUGCUUGGAUCCAGUUAUGUACUUUCUACUGUCUUCAUCAAUAAGGAAAAGGACUAUCAGUAUUAUUUUCAAGAAAAAAACCCACAACGUAAGCACAACAAAUAGUUCCACAACAGAAAUGAAACAAAUUAAUGUUUCUAUACCAUCAAAUCCAAGAGUUAGUUUUAGCAGUAUUUAUUCAAUAUUUCGCAAGCAAUCAAAAUAAUUGCAAAAGAAUGACAUUACCUGAAUAAAAGUAAUAUUAUAGGCAUUACGUUUGAUGUAAGUAAUGGUACUGAAAAGGUAAAGCAAAUGCUCUGUGCUUGUUACUACCAAUUGGGCGAUCUUAAGAUAUAAACAAUGUCUGACAUUAAAACAUCUGCCAUUUAAACAGAACUGAUAUGAUUAAAGCAGUGUUUACUUACAUGAACAAUAAAAAGAAUCUAACACUUUAAUGCUUAUCUUUUGAUAGAAGAAAAAAACAAUUAAUGAACACACAAAAAUAAUUUAAAAUAACAGAGCCUAUAUUUGACUACCAUAUGAUAUAUACUGUAAUAAAACAAAAAGUAACAACACUGUUAGAUGUUUCUUUUCCUUCUAAUAAAUAUAUUAGAAAAUCUUUUUUCUGUAAUAUAUAAUUAGCCAAUAGUUUGCCACACACAAUUUACAAAACUCUAAAUUAAUUAACUAGAUAUUAAUAAUACAAAAAUAAACAAUUGCCACAGAGAAAGAUUUCAAAAUGAAGAAACAAAUGUCUAAAAAUAAAAAAUCAAUUGACAAUGCUUUUGCAAACAAGAAAAAACUAACAUGCUGUACUAUGGUAAAGAAGAAAUAACAUAGGUAAAAUAAAGCAAUAUUUUUUUUUCCUCUGAUUAGACUUGUAUAGAUAAACUUUAUGAAUCUCCAAGGGAAAUUUAGAUACAUACAGCAGCAGAAAUAUAAAAAAACAUAGAUGCAGACUCAUAGGACAAAUAAAAUUACUCUGGGAGGUCAAAAGGAAGAACUGAAUUGCCUGCUAACAGUGACUAGAAAAGAUCCCCAGAGGUUCUUCUUAGCACACCGUGGUGGAAAUGCGAUUGACCAAGGACAUUGUACAGUCCUUUUACUAUUAAUGGCAUGCUGUUUGAGAAAACAUUUAAUAAUAUUUAUCAUGGUUACAUAACUACUGUUCUUUGUGAUUCAUCAUUUCUCUUAAGUAUUCCAUUCACUAUCUUUAUAACUCACUAAGUGAAGCCCACUAUUUCUUGAAUGAUUUGCUUAACAGUAAUUGGUACUUUUAUAAUUCAGUUAACACAUAACCUUCACAAGCGCCUUACUAAAAAGUAAUUACUUUAUGCUAAUACAGGUUAAGAAUACCUAACCUGAAAUUCCAAAAUCUGAAACUUUGAGUGCCACCAUGUUGCCACAACUGACAAAUUCCACACCUGACCUCACUUGCCCAUGUGGGGCUCUAAUCAAUGUUCCUUCAAAUAUUUUUUCUUUUUUAAACUGAUGAACAGAUGUGAAUAAAACAUGAGUUGGUACUUACCAUUUAUGGCUAAUUCCUUCAAACCAUUUUGACAUUCAGGGAAGACAAGCGGGGGUCCUCAGUGGAGUUUUGGGAGCCACGGGUGAAAGGCACAAUGACCUGCGAGGUAGUUCCAAACUACUAAAGGGAGCACAGGCUCUAAUGCUGUGUUGGUGGUAGUUUGUGAACAGUCAUCAUCACUGCUAGAUCUACGUUUAUUACUCACUGUGUUUUUUUCUUAUUCUCUGUGUACAGUACCCUUUGAAUCAAAGCACAGCACUGUAGGUGGAGACUGAAAGCCUGCUAUUGUUUGUUGUUGCUGCUGUUUAACAGCUAUUACAGGUAUUCUGCUAAUGCUAAAGUGCACACACUGCUUCAUGCACAGAAUUAUCAACAUAUUGUAUAAAAUUACCUUCAGGCUAUGUUUAUAAGGUAAAUAUGAAACAAAUACAUUUUGUGUUGAGAUGUGGGUCCCAUCCCUAAGAUAUUACAUAUAUGCAAAUAUUCCAAAAUCUGAAAUUAUCCAUUAUACUUCUGGUUCCAGGCAUUUCAGACUAGUGACGCUCAACCUGUACUUACAUUAUGAAAAAUAAGUUGCAGUUGAAUGUUGUCUGAGACUUCAGUAAUUUCAACCUUUAACUAUAUUUGGCUUGAACAAUUAUAAUAGUUCUUUACAAUGCAUUAGAAGGGGGUACUGUGCUGAAAUGAAAUAUCGUAAGAUAAGGUGAGUGCAUUAUGAUAUUGCAACAGUCCUUAUGCUAUUUACUCUUUCAAUUUUUGUUAUUUAAAGCAAAUGGAAUAUACAAUUAAAUGUGGGUAUGGGGUUCAGGUGGACACAUCUGCAACAUAACAUCACACACUAAGAUUUCUGCAGGUAUAGGCCACAGAUCCUUCAAGUUAGCAGCUGAAGAAGAUGCUGCUGUCUGAAGUUUUCUUCAAAGUUUUCUAUUCCUCAAAAACGCAAGAUAUCAACUAUAAAACUAUUAACAAAUAAUGCUAGUUUUACUGUAUUGACUUCUCUCAGCACUGGCAUAUUUAAUAAACAGUGACCUUUUCAUUAAUUUAAUAAGGUUGUGUCAAGGAAAAAAUACACUGAAUGCAUAUGUGGGCUGACUUUUUACGGAUCCCUCAAGUUUAUAUUUAUAUCCAAAUGAAGGCUAUAUUGAUUUUCAUUUACACAUAUGUUGAUAUAUCCUAAUAAAUUAAAAAAAGGAUAGCUUCAAUGCUGUAUACAGUGUCUUGCAAGUGUAAUGAAAUUGUUUUGAAUUUUAUAACUGUUGCAGGGUUAGAUACUGAUAUAAAUUUUUUUUGCUCCUGAUCUAAAUUCACAUUGCAAAAUUACAUGUUAAUGAAUAAUAUUCGAAUGUACUGAAAUAGUACAUAUCAUAGAGUUCAAAACUAAAAUAUGCUGCUUUCCUAAGCAUUUAGAGUUGUGUUAUGGUAGCUUUAAGAUAUCACAUAUGAAAGAAAUUACUCUGAUUAACAUAUACUUGCCCUAUAAUUGGCCACUGUAUGUGCAUUAAAAUGAAGUUAUUGUAACAUAUCAUAUUAAUCUAUUUCCUAUUGUAAUGAAGUACCGUUGUAAUAAAUUGUGUAGAAGAUUUA